AUGAAUCCAAUCAGUACAUUGAUAUUAGUACUAUUGUCGAUCAGUUGUAGUUGUAUAUCUGGACAGGUUGUUAGUACAUUGGUAACAUUGGAGUAUACAGCAACAGGUGGAUGCAAUGAAAAGUUCACACUUAUAGUUGCCAAUCAUAGUAGACCCAUUACAUGGGUCAGCAUUGAAGGUGUUGGCAAUGCCAGCUCCCUCUACUCCUUCAUGUUUGGAGGUCUACAAUACAUCAUGUGGAACAAAUUGAAUGCACCUCCAACUACAGGUGUCGUCCCCUACGUCGGUAACGCCACCGACGAUCUCAACCAAUCCAUAUUCUAUAGUCUGCGAUUCAGUUGUCCAAGUCCAUCAACUUUAAAUGUCAACAUGUAUAGUGGACCAUUAGUGAGGAAUAGAGUGGUACCAAUGAUGUAUCAAGCUCCAGGAUAUACUGAUGGAUUCCAGACAAUAGUAAAGGUGAAUGAUCCAUUCCUCCCACAAUAUGGAACAUACCUGUGUACGGCAUUGGGAUACACUUGUCAAUUGUUCACUCUGAGACCAGACCCACAACAAACAGGUACCUUACUUCAAUUGGUAGUUUAUCCUCAAUUCACAUUGUAUGAGUUUGAUAAAUAUCGAUUGCCAAUCAACAUCACGGUCACCAAUGCUGGUCGCCAAGCAUGGAUAGUCUUCCCAGCACUGGUAACAACAUCAACGCAACAGACCCAGUCCGUCUUAACAUUCAACUAUAACGUUGGAACUGGUGUCAUUCCAACAAGAUUCAAUCCAAACUAUGCAGCAAUGAUCACUCAUACACCUGGCGCCACAUACUUCCUCAACCCCAACUCUUCAAAAGUCUUGGACUAUGCAUAUUUCAAGGCUAUCAAACCUGUCCUUAGCUUACCCGAUGGAUCCCAUCACACCCUCGCACUCUCUUACAUGAACACCAUCAACAUGAUGUUGCUGGAAGCUUUAGACCGGCCCAUAUCCAUCAGCAACUACACAGUACUCACCAAAUUUGGACCAAAUUCUUUGGCAAAUAUAACAAAUAUUAUAGGAUGGCCUAAUAAUGCGAGACAGUUUACAUCAACGUUUACAUUGCCAAGUUAUGUGAAGUGCCAAUAUUCAUUCCAAGGAACAUUACAAAUAACUGUAUUCGACUUCGCCUAUCCAUUUGGUGUGGUCAGCGUAGCAUCCGGUGGCAACACAACAUUGUCCUUCACAUAUUCUGUCUCAAGCUUCAUGCAAAACUACAUACUAGGUAUGGACUGUUACUUUGCCGGUCUCACCAUCCCUCUUCCACUUCCUUCAAACACAAGCGAUAAGCAGUUCCCAAUAGUCCAAACAUUUGAAUUAGUUCCACUCAAGGACAACUUGUUCUUACUUCGUGCGAGGAUCACUGAUGAUAUGUGUGGAUUCUCAAGAUGGCACUUGAUAUUCUCAACUGGAGAGAUAUAUGAUGUGGACUACCAUGACCUGUAUUCUGGAACAAACUUGGAUGGACAGUAUGAGAAGUUGAUCACACUCAACAAUCAAACUAAUGAGAUACCAAAGUUCUACAUGUUCCUCGUGGACUAUGCUACCAACACUGGUCCAACCGAUCUUGGAUAUGCACUCUCUAACCUUGCUCAAGGUUUCUACACUGGAAAUUACUUACUUGGCGCUGAAGACUUGACAGUGUUCUACUUUGACAAGUAUGUGAUGGAUGUCAGCAAUCAGACAAUGGAGAACAAGUUGUACAUCAGGUCACCAAAGAUCAAACAAGGAUGGCUGUUGUCACUCUCAUAUGGUGCAGUUGAGGAGAACUCUUCAUAUCUAAACUAUGGAUCUUAUGAUGUCAGUCUUGACCUUUAUAUCAUAACAUUCACUGUACCAGCGAGGACUAUGACCAGACAGAUGCAAUACUACAUCACAUUCAGAAACCUUAAUCUGUACAACUACAACUACUCGCCAGACCGCCUAUCAGCAGUACCCAACAUGAUGGGAACGUUCCUCAUCGACAGUGAUCAACUUAUCAAACAUUUCCCAAACAGCUCAGUGGUCAGCAUCAAGUCGACAUAUGGAGAUGAAAUGCCACCCAUGAUUACUAGUGUCAAGGCGAUACCAAGUGUGAUGCCAGUGAUGACAGUUGCUGGAAAUAUGGAGAUUGGCUGGAACUUGACGAUUGAGGACCAAUUGAAUGGUUUCGAUCAUGGUGUUAUAAGUGUGAUCAGUGAUGUGGAUGGAUUGGAACGUAUAUUCAUUAUCAACUCUGAUAAUAGGAUUGAUGGUACAGAGUUGUCUGGAGUCUAUCAUGUACUAUUCAAUGUGACCUCUGACUUCCGAGUCCAGACAUUCUCCUUCCGUGACAUUGAGCUGUUUGACCAUUCAAAUAACCACGCCACCUACAAGUCAUACGAACGUCAACCAAAGACCAUCUCACCUUUGGCCUACAUACUACAGAGUCCAGCACUGGUCAAUGAGCUCAACAUCAAACUUAUUGGAAGUCCAAAUGAUGUUACACCGCCAGUCAUUGAGACAAUGGAAGUCAUGACACCAGUAGUGGACGUGGGAUCUACUAAUAGAUUCGUCAAGAUACUCUUCACAGUUAGGGAUGUUGGUGGAAUGAGUCAAAGACACUACCCAAUUGUAUACCUAACAGGAUAUAUAUUCGAGACUUUCAAGAUACCUGCAGCUCUAGUCCAUUAUGACAAUAAUGGUCUCUACACAUACACAGCUUCAGACGAACUACCCUAUGGCUUUGCUGCCACAAGUGCCGGACCAAACAGUACCACAACCAAUGCAUAUAUAUCAGUCUAUGGAUUGAUGGAUAAGAGUCAGAAUAUCAAUGGAUACAGCAAUGAUAUGUUGCCAAACAAUGGACAGGUGAACAGUACUGUGGCCAUUACAUUCACUCACACAACACCAAUCAUUGAUGGAUACUGGCUUGAUCCCAUAGGUGCACCGAUCAUCACUGUUUUUGGAAGGAACUUUGCACCAGAUGUUGGUAUGGGAGAUAUCGUGUCGGCUCGUGGCAACAACUUCACCAGGACAUUUGUAUCGAAUGUGAUAGCCGUGUUCAGCUUCACCAUGGCAACAGUGAGUCCACAAACAACCAUGGUCGUCUACCUCAAGAACUACAACGAUGUAUACUUCUCCAAUCAAGUCACUGUAGUCUAUAUCCCACCAGUUGUAGUACCCAAACUCCUCUGCCCUGGUACUCCACAAUGCUCCAACCACGGAACAUGCUCUCCAACCUUUGGAUGUCAAUGUUAUAGUGGAUAUUAUGGAGAUGAUUGUUCAUCACAGGCUGUCCCAUACACUCCAGUGAUCAAUCCAGAUAAUCCAACAACAGUGUAUACAUUCAAUACGAGUGGAAUGACGAUUGUUGGUGAGAUUGAGAUUGUGAGAGUGAGAGUGUUGAGUCAACUUGGUGAAGAGUUGGCAUCAUAUCCAAUCAAUCAAUGGAAUGUUUCCAGCACAAGUACGACAAACUAUUCAUAUGACUAUGUGUCUGCCUUUGGACCAAAGGAUUCGGGCUCCACGAUCAGGGUCAAUGUACGAUGGUUCACAAAGGAUGAGAACAUAACAUUCGCAGGCGACGUGCUCCAGAUGAAGAACAAUACGAUCAAGUACACCAUCACACUGUCCAACUUCGCAUUCCCAAGUCAGUUGGAUUCAAUGCAAGUUGUGAUGCGUGCCACCAUCAACACCACCGAUGCCAACUCGUGCUCAGUCCAACAAUACGGCUAUGUGGAUGGUGAUGCCAGUGACUUGUACUGGAUGCGUGUCAAGGUGCAGAGUUACAGUGUAUACGGCCACUUCAUCCAGAAGGCGAUGGUUGAUGGCAGAGUGUCAGCCGUUACGAACGUGUUGCUCAACGACACUGUUCAGACUGUGAACGACACCCAAUCAUCCCAAACAUUGAUCGGUAUCAAUGUGCCCUGCUUCAACGAUCGUGCCAUCUUGGACCCAGACUUCCAGCUCCUGUUGGACGUUGACGAUGCAAAGGAUGAACCAGGUGCAGUUUGCAAGUCACCAUCAUCGCGCACUUCGGACAAGGGACUGUCUGCACUGGCCAUCGCUGGUAUCGUCGUACUAUGUGUCGUGAUCGUGGCUGGUAUCACAGUGGCCUUGGUGAUCACACUGAAGAAACAUCGCAACCAAAAGAAUGAGGUCAAUAGGAUCAACAUCAAGUUGAACAGUAUGAGCGAACAAAGUAGACAUGAUGCGGAGAAGGUACAAUAA